CCGUAUAUUCGAGAUGCAAGCUGCAAGAUCGCUCGGAGGCAAGAUCAGAGGCGUUUUGCUGGACCUUAGCGGAACUCUGUACAUCGACACAGCUCCCACUCUGGCCGCUGUAGAAGCGCUAAACAGGUUGAGCGAGGCGGACGUCCAUAUUCGCUUCGUGACAAACACAACGAAGGAAUCGAAGACCGCUCUCUUCUCGCGGCUGAGGGACAUAGGAUUCGACGUCUCGCCGCACCAGAUCUUCACCUGUCUCACUGCAGCGCGGGCUCUCAUCGAUCGAGAGGGUCUGACUCCCCAUCUUAUGCUUGAAGACUCGGCCAUGGAGGAUUUCGCCGGCGUCAAGUGCAGCAGUAGUAAGCCGGACGCGGUGGUGGUUGGACUCGCUCCGUCUCAAUUUGACUACGAACAUCUCAACACUGCUUUCAGAUAUCUAUUAGAUGGGGCGAGACUAAUAGCCAUCCACAAGUCAAGAUACUACAAGACCCAGGAUGGACUAUCACUAGGACCAGGUCCGUUCGUUGCAGCACUGGAGAACGCUAGUGGAGUGGCUGGGGAGACUGUUGGAAAACCAGAGCCGGCCUUCUUCAACUCUGUCCUGGACGAGAUGAAGUGUAGUGUCCAGGAAACUGUUAUGAUUGCCGUGCGGGAAACGCUGGAGUCGAGUGGCGUGAUGGGCCGGCUGAAGGCGCAAAUCAGAGCUGAGGUGUUCAAGGCACUGGAAGACCAGGGAGGAGUGAAGUCUCAGUUUCCAGCAGAGGAAAACAUGGUCAUCAACAAACUGAUCAAAGACUAUCUCCAGUUCAACGGAUACAACUGUACCUGCUCUGUCUUCCUGAAAGAGGCUGGGGAGCCAAAUGAAGAGCUGUCCACAGAUUUCAUAGCACAGGAGAUGUCUCUUGGGUCUCCUCAACAGUGCUCCAUACCUCUACUGUACCAAAUGGUGGAUCAUUUCAAGAACAAAACUACUAUGGCUUCAUCAUUACCUCCCAAGCCACACCCACCUACCACUGCCUCAUUAGUGAACCCUGCACCUAUAACUACUCGUGACCUUGGCAACCAACUGCCCUCGUCAAGCAAAGAAACAGAUGCUAGUAAUCCACCAACAAUAGUGAUGGAAGGGUUAAAGUUAAGUUGACACAAAACAUUCCAUUCAACACACUCACAGUGAUAUAAUAUUGCACACAUGAACAAUGAUAUUUCGAACGCACCAAAAAUGUAAUAAAAUAAUAUUUCUGGAUAAUAGUUUGUGAGUUAGUAAUCACUUGUCCAGUCAAUUUUGAUUGACAGCCCUGUCAAAUUUUGACCUCUUGGACAAAAUUUGCAGGGACGAUGCCGGUUCUUUGUCCGAAAGAGCAGAUGAGCCACUCGGAAUUGACCUGCCCUGUCACGGUCAUAAUAUCUCCUUCCGAGAACGAGAGUUCGUCUCCGUCUUCUGCUAUGUUGGGAUAGAGUGCCUGCAUGUACCUGCAGAUUAUGAAGAACGAGUUGAAGUAUUUUAUAUAUAAUUAUACCAAUAGUUCCUCGAUCACAAUGUGACAGUCCUAAAUUUAGGCUUGUUACUAAAGAUAG